AUGCUGCCAAGUCAACGAUCUAAAAAAAAGUUCCAUCACAAGUCUAAGAAUGGUUGCUCCAAUUGCAAGCGGCGCAAAGUUAAGUGUGAUGAACUUCAACCGAGAUGCACCAACUGCACCAGGUUUCAUUUGGAAUGUCAAUAUGACAUUCAUCCAGUCGUGCCAGCAUCUUCACUCGCAACCGCACCAAUUGCCCCGGUGAAACCUGGACGAGGCCGGCCGCGUAAGAACUGGUCAUCCCAGGCCCAGGACUCCUCGCUCCGAUCCCACUUCCAGUCUGAACCCAGAGAGUCACCCCAGUCCCCAGAAACAGAACUGAACAUGGCUCAAGCCGAGCUAUUGCGUCAAUUCAUCAUCUUCACUGGACCAAAUCUUGGCGGCUCUGAUGAUCCUAAUCACCCGAUUGUCCAGUUCUGGUCACGAGAUGCGACACUACUUGCCGCGUCGUAUCCCUAUCUCCUCCAUCUCUGCCUCUCUCUUGCGGCGUACCAUCUAGCAUUUCUAGCAUCCAACAAUUCACUGAAAAGGUCACGCUAUAUUGCCUUGGCUAAAGAUCACUUCUCUGUCGGGUUGAUCCAGACAAAUGAAGCUUUGUCGCAAAUAGACGCCUCAAAUUGCGGCAGUCUGUAUGUUUCAACAACGCUAGUUUGCUUCUGUGUGUUUGCAGCAGGUCCCACAGGGUCUGAUGAUCUAUUUGUGUGUUCAGCCAACGGCAACUCACCUCAUAGCUCUCUUUCACUAGCCCGUGGCACACGACUUAUAAGGCAGCUUUUUGAAGAAAAGGUCUUGUUCUCUGGGCUCACUGAGGCGCUCGGUAGCGGUAAGGCGCCUCCUGAUGACCCCCGCCCAACCUACAUCUGCGAGGGCUUCGCUCGGGUUGACUGGACUGUUUCGGUUGGGAAACUUCGUGAUCUUAUUGUUUCAGAUGCACUGCCGCGCAAUGACGUCUUUGUACGAUCUCUAGAAACCCUCACCAACAUCUACGAAGCCACUUUCGGUAGUGAGGAUGGGUGCAUCAGGUGCCCACUGCACUACAAGAUGGUUCUUAUCUGGGUUUACAUGAUGGAAGACACCUUUAUUGACUGCCUGCAGACCAAAGACCCUGUAGCUCUAUUGCUAUUAGCCUAUUACGCACCUUUGGUUCAGACUGUGAAGAGGGCUUGGUUUCUGCAUGGCUGGGCUGAUCACAUCCUCCAGGUAUGCAGGAAAUAUGUAGUACACGACUACUGUGACUUGCUUCAGUGGCCAACAGAAGCGGUGAGGGUAAUAUGA